GUGACAGUAGUACCAACUGGGCGCAGAUGUUGGUUUAUUUCUGAUAUUUAUGAUAACAACACGUCUGAAUGGAUUAUGGAUAGGCACAGGAAGAUUGUGAGAUCUCCAUCUCUUAAACGGAAAAGUCGUCCAGUGCCAAUCACAGAAAGGGUUUCCCUUGAGAAGGUUCUGGGGCUAACUGUGACUAGCAAUGCAGCCCUGGCAGUCGACCCGAACACUGGCACGAUCGCCUACCCUGCAGGAUGUGUUGUUGUGUUAUUCAAUGGGAAGAAAAACCGUCAGAGCCACAUCUCCAACACAUCCAAGAAAACGAUCACAGCAUUGUCCUUCACUGCAGAUGGCAAGCAUUUGGUCACAGGAGAGAGCGGCCACCAGCCGGCAGUGCGGGUAUGGGAUAUCGAAGAGAAGGCGCAGGUUGGCGAAUUUCAUGGCCACAAGUUUGGCAUCAGUUGUGUGGCUUUUGCCCCAAACAUGAAGCAUAUCGUCUCCGUCGGUUCGCAGCAUGAUAUGAUGGUGAAUGUGUGGAACUGGAAGCUCUCAUGUAAACUAGCAUCGAAUAAGGUCUCGUCCAAAGUGAAUGGAUUAGAUUUCUCUGAAGACGGCAGUUACUUCGUUACGGUCGGUACGAGACAUGUCAAGUUCUGGUAUCUUGAACAAACAAAAGCAAGGAGAAAUGAGACUGUGCCCCUUCAAGGUCGCUCAGGGAUUCUUGGCGAUCAGAGAAAUAACAUCUUCACAGACGUUGCCUGUGGGAAGGGAUGUAGCACCGGACGGACAUACACCAUCACACAGUCUGGUUUACUGUGUGAGUUCAAUGAGAAGAGACUCCUGGAUAAGUGGGUCGAAUUAAGAACAACGACUGCCAAUUCAAUAAGUGCUGGCGACAAGUACAUCUUCAUUGGUUGUGGUGAUGGCAUUAUUCGUGUGUUCGAUGCCCUCAGUCUCAACUUCGUGAUCACGUUGCCCCGGCCGCAUUGUAUAGGAGUGGAUGUGGCGGCUGGCCAUGAUGCUAGCCAUAUGGUUCGCUAUUCACAAGAUGCAAAAUUCCCAAAUACUCUGGCAGCUGUAGUAGACAAUAACAAUAAGAAACUGACUUGUAUAUACAACGACCACAGUCUCUAUAUAUGGGAUAUAAAAGACAUUAAAAAGAUCGGCAAAGUUUGGUCAUUUCUAUACCACAGUCAAUGUGUGUGGGGUCUGGAGGUGUACCCAGAUAUGCCGUCUGACAAACAGCCUGCCCUGCCACCUGGAUCAUUCAUAACGUGUUCAAGUGACGAUACGAUUAGGUUUUGGAAUCUUGAUACGCAUGUCAACACUGACAUUGGACUCAGGAGGAAUAUAUACAGUCAUGACCUGUUGAAAGUCGUCUAUACGGAUCCCGAGUACACCUUCGUAUGUAAUACUGACAACAAUACUGGUGAGAAGGCAGACGCUGCUUAUGAGGGGAAGAAUGGAGUGCGUUCGAUCAAGGUCAGCCCUGAUGGUCAGAGGUUAGCUUCUGGAGACAGAAUGGGCAACAUUAGAUUACACGAUCUGAACUUCUUUGAGGAAUUGUGUCUGAUUGAAGCUCAUGAUGGAGAGGUGCUUUCUUUGGAAUUCUCACAAAGUGAAAAAGAAGGACGUCCUCUCUACCUCAGCACGGCCAGUCGCGAUCGUCUGAUCCACAUCUUCGAUGUCAACAAAGAUUUCAGUCUGCUGAAUACUCUGGAUGACCACUCGUCCUCGAUUACGGCGGUGCGAUUUGUUGAGAAUAAUAAUCAGUUGCAGAUGUUAAGUUGUGGAGCUGAUAAGACGUUAUUGUUUCGGAAUGUGCAAACGAAUCCUGACAGUGACGAGCUGCAGUUGUCUCUCAACCAUCAUAUGGUGGGGAAGACCACGCUUUAUGACAUGGAUGUCGACCCAACGAAUAAGUUUGUCGCCACUGCUUGCCAUGAUAGGAAUGUUAGAAUCUACAAUGUAAAGACAGGAAAACAACGAAAGUGUUACAAGGGAUCAAUAGGCGAUGAUGGCACAUUGGUCCGAGUCCAACUGGAUCCGUCCGGCUCAUACGCAGCAACAAGCUGCUCCGAUAAGAACAUCUGCAUCAUGGAUUUCAUCUCCGGUGAUGUGGUAUCAACGAUGUACGGCCAUUCGGAGAUCGCGCCUGGCAUCAAGUUUAUGAACGAUCUCAAGCAUUUUAUCUCAGUUUCUGGAGAUGGUUGUAUAUUUGUGUGGAAGUUACACCCCGACUUCACCCAGCAGAUGAGGCAGAGGUUGGCAGCAUUGGGGAAAAUCAGCAAGGAUCAGGCCGAUGGAGGGCCAGCCAUCAGACGGGGAACAUUUGCUGUAGUUCCAUGCGUGCGUCCUGGCACUGUUGAUACAAAUGGCAACGAUGAGGCUGUUGACAUGGAUGAUGAUGGAGCAGACGACAACCAAGAUGAUGAAGAUGACCCAGACUAUAGUUUCAACAUUGGCGGGUUACCGUCAUGGGCAAAGAAACAGGGAGAGAUAACUACGCAUGGAAAUGAACCUUUGAAAUUCAUUGGGAGUCCCCAUACCGAGAGUCCACGUCGAGCAUCUGUACCGUUUAUGACAAAGUCGCAGUCGCAUUCACCGAUAUGGAGCAAGGUGCUGCAUGAGGAGUCAGACCCGCUUGGGCCGAUGAGUAGUCUUCCAGCUCCUAGAGGGCGCUGGGCUCAACGCGUUGACGAUGGCGGUAUUCAGAUGAAGUCACUCCUUGACAAUGAUAAUACUUUACAGUUGUCUUUUGAUGCUGCAAGAGGUUUGGGAGUGACUGCCCCUAGACAGGGAGCAGAAGAUCGGCGCCGAUUCACCAUUGAGCCCGACACGUUAUCAGAACAGCUGCAGAAGGCACAGAUUCGAAGAGACACCAUGGUUAUUGAGAGAGCUCUGGCCGUACAUGAAGAAGAUGGGGAGAAUGUGGAUGACGAUGACGAUGAUGACGAUUUCUUCACCAUCGGUGCUUCACCGGAAGAAAUAGCGCAAAGAUUCGAUGAGGAUGGAAAUUCGAACAUAUCAGACUCGGGUGGUGCCAUCACGACGUCACGAGGGUCUCUCGCCCGCCACCAGACUUUCAUGUCACGGACGUCUGGUCCUGACAGAACGCCGAGCGAAGAUCAUGAUGAUGAAGAUGAAGAAGAAGAGCCCGAGGUCGUCAUAUAUCCGACAGUCAGUGAGGAGGGGGAUACAGCGGAGACAUCAACCGAUAGUUUCCGUGUUUUUGCCUUGUCGGCAGAAGAGCUGGCUGCCAGGCGGCGAAGGAACCGAAUUCUCUCAACUGACACCCAGGAUACAGAAGACUCGAAGGAUAUCGAAUCUGAGAACACUGAACCCAUCACCAUUGACGAGGUGAAUAGCGACGAGGAGUUUGUUGACGAUAUCCCAUCGGGUCCGCCAUCCCUCGUUACGACCCCACUUGAUCCUAACAAACAGUUCAUAGAAGAUGAUACGGCUAAGGAGGAAUUCCUACGCCAGACUUUCGAGAAUAUUGGUGCUUCUCCCGUCAUCCCCGGCUCACCUGCCUCGAGUGAAACUGAGAAUGGCCUGGCUCCUAACUACCGUGGUCGCCUUCCAAGCCAUCGUCUCAGUCUGUCAUCGAGGUUCCUCUCGAGAGCGCAGACGGCCCAUCUGAGACGUUUAGCAGAAAUGGCCCCACGUUACCUCUCCCAUCUUGAACUUGUCCCAUUCAGAGCCAUCCACGCCCAAACCUUGGCCGAGGGGAACUGCAAUGAAGAGUCGGGCAACGAAGACCACGAGAGGUGCCAGGAUGCUGAGGAGAGUUCACAGGCCAGUACGAUCACCGAGAUAGAGUCACAUUCCCCUCCUACUCGUCUCCCUAAGAAGGAUGAAGAACAAGAAUACCGACCGCGGACAUUCUUGAAGGAGGUGUCCCAUGACGAAGGGUCCAAGCAAAUACCGAGAGCAACGAAGAGAGUCAGCAUCGAUUCAAAAACAGGUGAACCAUAUGUCGACCCGGGGGACGAUUCCAGUGAUUCUGAAAGUUUAAAUCCAAGUUUGCCAUGGCAGCAGCCACAAAUGCGAAAGGCUUGGUCUGUAACAGACCUCUCCAAAGAAGAGAAACACCAGACUGGGUCAUCUAGACGAGCGCGGGCCUCGUCUCCCGCUCCCUCUCCUUUCGUUAUCCACAAAGUUGACAACAGCCCACCGGUGACUGCUAACAAUCGUAGGCGCACUCGAUCACAAGACAGGGGUGGGACAGCACCAGUUAGGAGUCGAUCAAAUCAAAACCUUUCUCAAACUGGGUCGUCUGAGUCACCGCGGAAAAGGCCGGUUUCUAGCUACGGUGGACCACCUGUCAUCAAGCCAGCUCUGGGACGAGGGAGCUCGACUACACCUCUGUCCAAAUCAGCAUCUCAUACUGCCAUAAACGCUUCAGCCUCGUCCCCGAGGAAGAGUAAAAUGAAGCAACGCAAUCGCCUAUCGAUGCCGUCAGGAAUCACUUCCUCUAAUCUCACAAAUGAUGAUGUUGCUAGCGAAAGUGAUCAAAGUCUUGCGGAUAGCACAAAUAUGAAUGCCAAGGAUUCUGGUAUUGGUGGUGGUAAGGCUCAGCGCCACCUGCCAGUGAUAAGUGGAACCAGUAAACAACGACAGGCUGGAAAGCAUGUAGCAGGUCCUGCGGACUUAAAACAAAAGGAAAAUGUUGACGAUAGUAGUGAUAGUGUGUCAGAAAUCCUCUCGGCUAGUGAGGAUUCAUUUGAGAAGAGGUCCAGGAGCCUAGACAGGAAGUUAAUGCCACCUCCUGCUGCGGGUUUUGUCAGUAAAACAUGUAAGGAUGCGUUCUUGAAGAAAGCUUUCCAGGGAAAGCGCGGCUAUUCUGCUGACUUUAGUAGACAGCAGGCUAAGGAUGUGAUACUCGGUAAGUCAGAGAGGCGAAAGAUGUCCGAGUGUGGUGACAAUACUGAUACUGACUCUGACUCCGGGAAGUCAGAUCCAGAGAAAAAGAUGACGUUCACGGAAAAAUUAGUCCCUGGAACGUCUGUGAGUGUGACCGUCUCGCAGCCUGAGAACGGAUCGUCUGAAUGUAUUGACAUGAGGGACCUUGGUGCCAGUCCACUAGAGCUACCAGUGAAGGAUCACUCUCCAAAUAAAGACCCGAGUGCGGGCAAGACACUUGGUCAAUCAGGUCAUUCUUUCUCCUCAGGACAAACGCAAAAACAUCGAAACAGUGAACCUGUCAUCUCAUUGUUUGGUUUGCACCAAUCAGGUGAAUUCAAAACUGACACUAGUCGAACUGAACAAACCGUGACUCUAUCGAAAACUUUGUCAGCGACGUCUGUUGUAAAUACUGCUCUGUCGACGCGUACUGUUCAUAUCGGUGCUGGGGGAGUCAGUCCGCCUGACAGCCCAAGAAAAGAAGAACUCAAAGCUUCAGAAAUCUCAGCAAGACCUCCACAUUCGCCAAAAUCUCUACGACGUUCUGACACAGGUUGUGGGAUACCUAAGGCGUCAGAUUCUCCCCGCACUAAGAGGAGAUCGGAGACAUUCUCUGGGACGUCAAUUCAUGAUUCUCGAGACCUCAGGAAAGCACCAGAUUCUCCAACGUUUCGACGGAAACUCGAACUCGCUCGACCAACUAGUCCUCGUCCUACCAGCCCGAGAACGAAAGAGUUCAAGGAUUCGCAUCUUCCGACUAGUCCUCGCAGCAAGAAUGCUAACUUUGAUGUCGGCGGUGGGAAGACAGAUUGGAGACAAGUCGCCCGUCAAAGGAGUAGCAGCUCUGAAUCUCUACAUUCCUCACCCCACUCUUCUCCAAACAAAUCGCCGUACUCAUCACCAGUCAAAUCAAGAUCAGGUCGUAUGAGUCCAAAACAUGGUCAUGAGACAGAGGAAGAAAUGUCUGAGGCAUGCACCCAGGCAGUGGCUGAUGUGAAGAAGUCUAUGACAAAGGCUACAAGCUUAUAUCAAAGGUUGUCCACAAAUUGCAAGAAGAUUCCUCGAGAAAAGUCUCAAGAAAUGCUUUCGAUCCUGCGUGAUUCUUUCGUGGAGGCCCGGGCAAUGAUGGUCUCAGUCAUCCCGGGCGAGGAACUACUUCGGCAAGAGGACCGCAAAAUCAUGGUGGAGAAUAUGUGUCAGACAAUUGAAUGUUUAGCGGGGAUGGAUUCGGUGGAGAAGAUGGACGAACAAAGAGUGAUAGAGGCAUUUGAGCCGAUCCUUGAACAGUACUCACAGCAGCUCUCUGACCGCGUUUAUAGCCUUGUUCAGUCGAGGGUAGAGAUGGACUUGGAGGAACCUGAACGGCCGGAGAUAGAAACUGAUAUCUGAUGGGAUCACGAGGGGCAUUCUGGGUCAAUGCAGGUUCUGAGCAAGUUGAUAGCCUCGUACUGCAGAAGGUAGAAAUGGUCUAGGUCAAACCUGAGAUAAGAAAAGAUCUCUGAGUGGGUUUGUGAGGGCCAUUUGGGGCUAGACCUCGAAGAAUGAUGCGUUCUCUUUGGGGUUCUGGUGAGCUGAAAACUUUUGGACCUUAUAACUCGAGCAUUCUUUGCACAGACUCUCAUGGAUUAUGAACAAAUUGUUCUGAGCAAGAGAGAAUUUUCGAAAUCAAAGAUUAGUAUUAUGUAAAAUGUGUUCAAAGAAUCCUUCAGAACGCUCCCUUCGUCUUCAGGAGAUCUAGUAACAGAAUGUAGUAUAACCAUGGUAACGUCAACACAGCUAUGGGUAAAUUGGACAGAUGUAAACCUAAAACCUUAAUGAGUCUGUUGCCUAUCAAUGGAUCAUGCUUCCGUGUUGUAAAUCACUGCUGCUUCCUCGAGUCUUUCACUUAGACCUACUGUGUUCCUGGUUGAUAAAAUCAUCAAAGAGAUGGUAGAUGGGGGUAUCCCAGGCACUCCCCAACAGAGUCUGGAGAGGUGACCUUGAGUCUGGGUAACUCUCAAUCCUAUUCAUCUGUGUUAGUAUUGGUGUAAGAGGGCUUCCUUUUAUAAACCAAACACUAUUCCCUGCAUUUCUUACAGAAAAAGUCAUUGUGUUUAAUCGCUUCACAUAUUUUUUAUAAUGAGCAGUAUUUGUUAGGUUUAGUUUCUUCCACUUUACUUCUCAAGAUACACACUAUCAGCUCAAGAUGCUGGCUGCCUACUUCCUUGUUGAGAACUCCAUGGACAGCAACAAAAAACAAACAUCGCCCGUUAUGUUUAUGAAAAUUCAAAACAGUUUUCAAAUUUGUUUUGUAUAAAUCUAAGUGUAGAUAAUGUAACUAAAUCCUGGUGCACCCUAGCAUACUGCUUAAAAUCAUUGCUCAGCAAAUUUAUAUGUGUAUAUUUUGAUCAACCAUAUGCCAUAGCUAAUUUAUAUCAACAUAAACAUAUGUUCAGCUUACGUUUUUUUCAAUCCAAGCAUUUUCUGCUUAUUGUUUUGGGUAUUAUUUUUUUGCAAGUUGUGAUAAUUCAGACCAUCAUGUAAUGCAAUGUUUUAUUUGUUGGGAUUUGUUCCAACCCUGUUCAGUAUAUUAUGCAACAUAAUAGCUGGAUCUUUACUGAUGUCACAGUUGUCACUUGUUUCCUUUGAAUCUGCCAUGUUGGCUGUCAAAAUGGGACUGUGACAUCAACACCUGCACCACCUAAGUGUGGCCAUUGUGUUGAUGAGAGACGUGACUUGACUGCCACGUCAAGUGUGACAUCACGUGAAGAACCUCCGUAAACCUUACAUGUACUCUUCCAAUUGAGGAGGGAAUCAGAUGUAACAGAAUCAUGCUGGCAUCCAUCAGAUGUUUUCGAAAAUGCAUAGCCAAGACCAUCGCUUUGUUGCUUUCGGUGUCCUCCAUAAUCACUGUUAUUUGUAAAUCCAUUGUUGGGUUAUGUAAAUAGUUCUACCCGAUCAUAUUUUCAUGAUUAUCAAAUAAAUACAAUGUUUUGUA